AUGGGAAGUGCUCAACAGUGGGAACAGAUUGUCGCUCGAAAGCGCCUGCUGCGUAUUCAGAGUCUAGAGCCAUAUGUUGUCACCGAUCUUGGUUGGCGCAUUUCUCGAGUGUACCACGUUCAUGAGCGCACCGUCUUACAUGACGCACCGGAAGUUCAGGAAAUUACAAACAUUUAUGGUAUUCCUCAACUCCUUGAGCAAUUGAAAUUAGGAAGAAUCACCGCGGAGCAGACAACUUCAGCCUACAUCAAAAGGUACUGUACAACAAAUUGCCUGACAGAGUUUGUCUUUGAGGAAGCACUGGUGCAGGCUAGAGAGUUGGAUCGUCACUUUCAACUCACACUGAAGGAUCAAUUCAACAUCAAUGGCAUCGAUAGUAUACUGGGAUACGUAGGUCGCUCGUUUUCCCCGGCCAGGGAAGACGCGGUCCUGGUACAGUUGCUGAGAGAUAUGGGUGCAAUCGUGUUGGCCAAAACAAACCUACCACAGAGCAUAAUGGGAUUAACCCUCAAUCCACGCGACUCUGAAUUAACCCCAGGAGGCUCGACUGGAGGAGACGCUGUGCUUCUGGCACUGCGCGGUUCGAAUCUAGGUAGGCUCCCAUACCACGGAGUCCCUGUUUCGACUGAAGGGCAGGAGCAUGUGCCCUCGUCUAUCGGUCCGAUGGGAAGAGACCUUCUAUCACUGUGCUAUGUAACUCGGGCAAUCAGUGCCUUCCAAAAGAUUCAGAGUCGGCGUAUGGUCAUUGGACUGAUCUUGGACGACGGAGUGGUGAGAGUUCAUCCGCCCAUCGAACGAGUUCUCUUGAUGUGGAACGCUUCGGAUCAUCAGGAAUGCAUCCAACUCAUGGACCUAUUCUAUACUGUAGAUGGGGGCGAAGAUGUCCGUCGUGAUGUCGGGGCUGCGGGAGAGCCUUACAUUCCCCACGUUGAGACGCUCGUCAACCGCGGCAAGGCUAUCGCCGUCUAUGAGUAUUGGCAGCUCAACAAGAGGAAACGCAUCGAUGUACUCCUCGCUCCGACGACACCUCAUUCUGCUGUUCCUCAUCGGAGUCUGCGGUGGGUUGGAUACACAAAGAUCUGGAACUUCCUCGACUACCCUGCCGUCACCUUCCCUGUACCAACCGAUUAUCGGUCAAGGAACGAGCUUGAUACAUGGAAUUGGAAAUUGUACGAUCCUAAGGCCAUGGAUGGACAUCCGCUCAAUCUCCAGGUGAUUGGGAGGAAGCUGGAAGAAGAGGUCGUACUAGGUGCAGCGAACGCCAUUGAAACCCUAUGGAAGAGCAUGUCGAAGGUGUUCGACCGAUAG